UUUUUCAAUUUUCAUUUACUUAUUUAUUUAUUUUCAAUCCGGGAAACCAGCAUGAGCUUCACUUUGCCGCGUUACUUCCUCAGAUUCCAUUUGAGUUUCACUUCGAGAACCGCAUCUACCAGAGCUAAAAACAACCAUGGCUAUCUAUUUUUAGCUCCCAAAGCCAAUACAACGAAAUUUACCACAGCUUCCAUCCCCGGAGACAAACCCCAGAAACUAAGUGCGGAGGAGCUGUUGGUGGUUGUGGGUGGUGGAGCCGCCGGAGUUUAUGGGGCAAUUAGAGCUAAAACUGUUGCUUCCAAUCUUAAUGUUUUGGUCAUUGAGAAAGGAAAGCUUUUAUCAAAGGUUAAAAUUUCUGGGGGUGGAAGGUGCAAUGUCACCAAUGGCCAUUGUGCUGACAAUUUAGUUUUAGCAGAUCAUUAUCCUAGAGGUAACAAAGAAUUGAGAGGCUCUUUUUUCAACGUGCAUGGCCCUACAGAUACCAUGUCUUGGUUUGUUGAUAAAGGGGUGGAUUUGAAGACCGAGGAUGAUGGAAGAGUGUUUCCGGUCAGCAAUAAUUCUUCUUCUGUUAUUGAUUGUCUUUUAUCCGAGGCAAAGUGUAGGGGAGUUUCUUUGCAAACCGGGAAGCUUGUGACCAGUGCAUCAGCUAGCGCUAGUGGAAAAUUCCUUCUCAAGAUAGAGAAGCGUACACUCAAGUCUGUCGAACUUGUAGAAGCUGAUUAUUUGUUGAUUGCUAGUGGAAGUAGCCAGCAGGGUCAUAAUCUUGCCGUUCAGCUUGGUCAUUCGAUUGUAGAUCCGGUUCCAAGCUUAUUCACUUUUAAGAUCGAAGAUGCACAAUUGGUAGAGUUGUCAGGGGUUACCUUUUCAAAGGUUAUUGUGAAGCUGAAAUUAGAAAAUGUUCAAAGGAACAUACCUCAACUUACCCAGGUUGGCCCAAUGUUAGUCACUCACUGGGGUCUUAGUGGACCGGCAAUUCUUCGGCUAUCUGCUUGGGGUGCUCGAUACCUGUAUAGCUCAGGUUACAAAGGGAAACUGAUUGUGGAUUUUGUACCUGAUUUGCAUGUAGAAGAUCUAAAAUCCAUGCUGAGUCAACAGAAAAAUAGGUUUCUGAAACAAAAGGUGCUGAAUUCAUGUCCUAUGGAAUUACAACUCGUUAAGAGAUUUUGGAAGUAUAUAUUAGACCGUGAGGGUUUAGUCGGAGAUACUUUGUGGGCUUCGGUUUCGAAUAGUUCUAUAGUUUCUAUUGCUAAUCUCUUAAAGCAUUGCACAUUUGAAGUGAAAGGAAAGGGCCAAUUUAAGGACGAAUUUGUCACUGCUGGAGGAGUCCCGUUGUCGGAGAUCCAUCUGAAUACAAUGGAAAGCAGAAUUCAACCAAAUCUAUACUUUGCAGGAGAGGUACUAAACGUCGAUGGGGUGACUGGUGGUUUCAAUUUCCAGAAUGCUUGGUCUGGUGGAUAUAUUGCUGGUUCCACCAUUGGUAGACUUGCAGCAGGCAAUGCUAAUCUAGUGGGAGCCCUAUGAUUCGAUAUUGUUCGAGAAUUUUGGGUUUAUGUACUACAAUUUCAGUUGGUGAAGGCAGAGUCUCUAGGGCCUGAGUAUCCAUGCUCGAGAUUUAUCAUGCACAAUACGUAGGUCUUCGAGUCCGUUAUGUGUGGAUUUUAGUUCGUUGGUAGUCUAGAUUGUACUAAUUCAUGGUCUAUUUGUGCUCAGAUAUAUAUUUAUAUUUGUAUUUCGAUUAUACUGGUUGUAACACUUUAAAAUGUACAAUAAUUUCAUAGAUAACCAGAGGCGGAUUGGGGGGCAAUUGCACUUUGACCCCCUUUAAAAUUAUAAAAA